GUUUGACGGGUCUAUUACGAUUACUGGGUUCCAAUUUAUUUUACAUUCUUUUUAUUUUACUUUGCAGAUUUCUGAAGUGACUAAUAAAAAUAGAUUCCUUAUUUAAGAUUUUCUUUGCAACAAAUGUUAAAAAGCACCUCAAAUGGUAGUUGUCGAAGUGUAUCACCAAACAAAAUCAAGCAUCGUCAACAUGACAAGCGCAUCUGUUUCAUCCUCUUUGGCUAAUACUGCAGCUUCGGUUUCCACUGGGCCCAGCGCCGGAGUCCCCGCCUCGGGUGGAGCGGGAUCGCAGUCCUCUGCAAAACCAGCAUUUCCGCGACUUUUUAAUAAAAUUGUACUAACCCUGGAAAAUAGUCUUAUUCCGGAGGCAAAACUCAAUGCCACGCCAUCACAUGUGGACGGAUUGGAUCCUGAGACGGAGAAAGACUUACGUAUACUUGGCUGCGAGUUAAUACAAACGGCGGGUAUACUGCUUAAAUUGCCACAGGUUGCAAUGGCUACGGGGCAAGUAAUAUUCCAACGCUUCUUUUAUUCAAAGAGCUUCGUGCGCUAUAAUAUGGAAACUGUGGCGAUGAGUUGCGUUUGUUUAGCGUCUAAAAUUGAAGAAGCUCCUCGACGCAUUCGGGAUGUAAUCAACGUUUUUCACCACAUAAAGCAAGUGCGCGCCCAAAAAGACAUAGCUCCGAUGAUAUUAGACCAGACGUAUACUAACCUGAAGACACAGGUUAUAAAGGCAGAGCGGCGUGUGCUCAAAGAAUUAGGAUUCUGUGUUCAUGUAAAGCACCCGCACAAAUUAAUUGUCAUGUAUUUGCAAGUAAUGAAAUAUGAAAAGCACGAAAAGCUUAUGCAAAUGUCAUGGAAUUUUAUGAAUGACUCUCUGCGUACGGACGUUUUCAUGCGCUAUCAGCCCGAAACUAUAGCUUGUGCUUGCAUCUAUUUGAGUGCACGGAAACUGGGAAUAUCCCUACCGAAUAACCCUCCAUGGUUCGGAAUAUUUCGGGUGAGCGAAGAUCACAUAGUUGAUAUCUGUUAUCGAAUCACGGAAUUGUACAUGCGCGCUAAGCCAAAUGUUGAAAAGAUGGACGCUGCUGUUGAGGAACUAAAGAAACGUUAUAUGGAGUCUCGCAACAAAAACAAAGAACAAAAUACACCUCCAGCAGUUACCACAGUAGAUCGUAAUAAUGGUUCACAUAAUGCAUGGGGUGGUUUUAUACAACGGGCAAUUCCGUUACCGCUGCCAACAGAUAGUAAAUCACCUGAUAAGGAUUCGCGAUCCCGCUCGCGUUCACGUGGUUCGCGUUCACCUAAAUUUACAUCGCGUUCACGCAGCCGCUCUCGUUCCGCUUCCACUGGCACAGUUGAGUACAAAAGCCGCAACAAAAAAUCACAUAGGUCUCGCAGUCGAUCUCGAACUCCUCCAGUUACUAAAAAUAAGAAAAAGUCCAUGCACUACUCGCGCUCGCCCUCAAGUUCACCACACGCGAAACAUCGGAAAAGGAAAUCAUCUAGGGAACAUGACCGCAACGAUUAUUAUUCCAGCAAGGAACGAAUGAGUAGUAGUGAUAAAUAUCGAGAUCGCGAGAAGUAUCAGGAUUAUAAGGAGUCAAGCAAACACCAUCACAAUUAUUCCAGCAAACAUCACCAUGGAUAUUCGAAUCGCGGCUCUUUACAUCAUGGUGGCCAUAAACACCGUUCAAGUGACCACGAACGCUCUCGCGAUCGUAAAAGGUAAAAUGAUUUUGAGAAAUUUGCGAAGUCAACUAAUUAAUUAAUCAUAAAAUUGCAUAAAUGCCGAUUAUUCAGAGGACUAAAUCUAAUUUUCUUAUCUCUACUUUUGUGCGAUUGAUAGUAUAUGUAGUUAUAAAGAAUGUAUGUUGCAUCCAAGAAUAAUAAUAAACAAUCUCACUUGUCGGCGAUAUGUGAUAUAUAUUACAAA